AUCGCGUUGUUGUCUGCACUUUAAGAGAACCCAUAUUGAUAUAUAUAUUAUAUGGUAUAAUAUAUAUAUCAUCAUCAUUUCCAUGUCGCGGCACUUCUGAGCGGAACCGUCCUGCUGGAGCGCGCGGACAUGAACGAGUCGGUGCUCGACCGGGUUCUGACCGCCUUCAAUCGGACCCACGAGCUGGUGGCACUGGCGGGCUGCUGCAACGGGAGCGCGCUCACCACCGACCACGGAGGCUCCGCGGACCUGCCCGCGGAGGAGCGCGCGCAGCUCGUCACGCGCCUCGUGCAGAUCGCCGUGCUGUGCGUGCUGUCGCUCACCGUCCUCUUCGGCGUCUUCUUCCUGGGCUGCAACCUCAUGAUGAGGUCCGAAAGUUUGGUGGACUUUCUGGAGACGGAGCGCAGACCCUCCAAGGAGGCGGGGGGGGUCGCCGUCGGCCUCGGCUGAAGCCAGGGCGGGCUGCGCCAGCCGCCGGGCACGAGCUGCUCACCUGUAUGCAAAUGAGCGGAUCGCGGUUCAAAGGAGGGCGGCGUGUGUGAUGAUGUUUGCCGGCGACGAGCCUUUGCUUUGUACUUGGAACGUCACGUGCCGCUGCUUGGCGGCGACUCCACGUGCUCUGAAAGUAACCAACGCUAGUUAUUAUUAUUGGGGGGGGGUAAAGUACCUUUUCAGUGACACGAUCAUUUAAUUCCUAAACAGGCAAGAACUGGCACCGCUUGUUUACAGAAACUGA